AUGGGUCAGGAGAGCCUGGCCCUGGGCUGGGUGGCCGCUGCCCUCCUGGUGCUGCAGAUGGCGGUGGCAGAGCGUCCCCUCUGGAUGCUGGAAGGCAAGGCUGGUGUGUUCGCGGACCUGAGCGCCCAGGAGCUGAAGGCUGUGCACAGCUUCCUGAGGUCCAGGAAGGAGCUGCGGCUGCAGCCUUCCACGGUGCCAACCAUGGCCAAGAACUCGGUGUUUCUCAUAGAGAUGCUGCUCCCCAAGAAGAAGCGCGUGCUGAAAUUUCUGGAUAAGGGCAAAAGGCAGCCUGCCCGGGAAGCUCGUGUGGUCAUCUUCUUUGGAGACCAGGAGCACCCCAAUAUCACUGAGUUUGCCGUGGGACCCCUGCCAGAGCCCUGCUCCAUGAGGAUGCUGCCCCCUCGGCCAGGACACCAGCCGUCCUGGGAGUCCAGACCCAUCACCACUGUGGAGUACGACCUCCUCUAUGCCAUGGUGGAGGAGGCCACCAGGCCCCUGCACCAAUUCUUCCUGGACACCACAGGCUUCUCCUUCCAUAAAUGCAGUGACCGCUGCCUGACCUUCACCGACGUGGCCCCCCGGGGCCUGGCGUCCGGCCAGCGCCGCAGCUGGCUCAUCUUUCAACGCUUUGUAGAAGGCUACUUCUUGCACCCUACAGGGCUAGAGCUCCUGGUGGAUCACGGGAGCCUGAACCCCGAGCACUGGACGGUGGAGCAGCUCUGGUACAAUGGGAAGUUCUACCAGAGCCCGAUGGAACUGGCGCAGAAGUAUGACAGUGGAGAGGUGGACAAGGUGGUCCUUGAGGACCCGGUGCCCCAGGGCCAAACAGCCGAGAGUGCAGAGGAGCUCCCCCUGUUCUCCUCCUACACACCCCGCGGGGACUUUCCCAGCCCCACCCGCACGGCUGGCCCACGCCUGGUCCAGCCGCACACGCCCCGCUACCUGCUAGAAGGCAAUGCCGUCCUGUACAUGGGCUGGAGCUUCGCCUUCCGCCUGCGUUCCUCUUCGGGGCUACAGAUCCUGAACGUUCACUUCGGCGGGGAGCGCGUGGCCUACGAGGUGAGCGUGCAAGAGGCCGUGGCGUUGUACGGCGGCCACACACCCGCAGGCAUGCAGACCAAGUACAUCGACGCGGGCUGGGGCAUGGGCACCGUCACCCACGAGCUGGCCCCCGGCAUCGACUGUCCGGACACUGCCACCUUCCUGGACGCCUUCCACUACUACGAUACUAAUGACCCCGUCCGCUACCCCAGGGCCCUCUGUCUCUUUGAGAUGCCCACAGGGGUGCCCCUCCGGCGGCACUUCGAUUCCAACUUUAGAGGUGGCUUCACCUUCUACGCAGGCCUGACGGGCCAAGUACUGGUGCUGCGAACCACCUCCACAGUCUACAACUAUGACUACAUCUGGGACUUCAUCUUCCACCCCAACGGGGUGAUGGAGGCCAAGAUGCACGCCACUGGCUAUGUCCACGCCACCUUCUACACCCCCGAAGGGCUGCGCUAUGGGUCUCGCCUGCACACCCACCUGCUGGGCAACAUACACACCCACUUGGUGCAUUACCGAGUCGACCUGGACGUGGCCGGCACCAAGAACAGCUUCCAGACGCUACAAAUGAAGCUGGAAAAUAUCACCAACCCCUGGAGCCCGAGACAGCAGCUGGUGCAGCCGUUCCUCAAGCAGAAGCGGCACCUCCACGAGCGCCAGGCCGCCUUCCACUACGAUCAGGCUCUGCCCAAGUACCUACUCUUCACCAGCCCCCAGAAGAACCCCUGGGGCCACACACGCAGCUACCGCCUGCAGAUCCACUCCAUGGCGGAGCAGGUGCUGCCUCUGGGCUGGCGGGAAGAACAGGCCAUCACCUGGGCCAGGUACCCCCUGGCAGUGACCAAGCACCAGGAUUCUGAGCAGAGCAGCAGCAGUAUCUACAAUCAGAACGACCCCUGGCAUCCCCCUGUGGUCUUCGAGGAGUUUCUUCGGAACAAUGAGAGCAUUGAAAAUGAGGAUUUGGUGGCCUGGGUGACGCUGGGCUUCCUGCACAUCCCCCACUCGGAGGACAUUCCCAACACAGCCACACCCGGGAACAGCGUGGGCUUCUUGCUCCGGCCUUUCAACUUCUUCCCAGAGGACCCCUCCUUAGCAUCCAGAGACACUGUGAUCGUGUGGCCCCGAGACAAGGGCCCCAACUUCGUCCAGCGAUGGCUCUCUGAGGACAAGGACUGCCUGGCGCCUCCCAAUUUCAGCUACAAUGGGACCUACAAGCCUGUUUGA